AUGGCUCAAGACAAGUUUCAACUCAAUGUGCACCCUUGGCGCGAGGUACUACUGAUGCGCGCUACCGGUUACCCUCUGUUUAUCAUAAGCUUUUUACGGUUCACCUUUGCUAUUAUCGCUACUGGUAGAAGACGUGCUAAGUACAAUUAUACGUUUCAAAACAGGGAUUCAAGCGGCCCGGGGAUCUUCGCAUAUCCUCAGCCUGUAUCCGAUGAGCGCUAUGUUGACUAUGGCCUCACUCAGUUUGAUAACCAGGCACACGCUGUUGAGUCUCUAUUCUAUGUCUACCUCACCCUUAGCCUAGUCGACUGGUUUCCAUCUUGGAUAUUCGCAAGAUACAGACACAAUCCUGUUUGGGCUAACGGGUGGGUGUCAAGAGUCAGUAUACUAGCUCAUGCGGUCGUUCCUGCUGUGCAUUUGGCAACCGCCAUUGCUUGCCAAGUCCUAUUCGCGGCCCUGGUAGACAAUUGGCUCAGUUCACCACGAGUGAAAGACUUGCUGGAGUCGUGGGAGGAACUGGACAGAAGACCAUACGAACCAAACACCCUCCUCCCUUCGGAUCUUCCGCCGCCACCACCUCCUCCUCCACGAGGUGACUACAUAAGUCGAAACCCAAAGGAACGAGAGAUAGACCCUGUGGUCACAUGCGUGUUAGCCUUUGUCGUCCUCUCAUCCAUAGAUGUCUCCAUCCGCUGGGCCAAGCUCCUUACCCUACGAGUUUUACCCACGUCCUGGAGAUUUCCGGACUCUAUCACCAUGUGCCAUCGACCCAUUCCUGCUGAGAGUCCUCAAGAACUUGAAUAG